AAGGUUAAGUAUUUAAUUAAGGCGGCAAUCUAAUAAUACAUGACCACUAAAUGAAGGUCAGCUUGUUGACCUGACCUUGUGUCAGGGCCCAUGUGUAUUUUGGCAGGUGGUUGUGGGAUAAAAACCUGACGUGUCACUGAUAACAAAUUUGUCUCUGCGUGUGCCACGUUGCCACACAGUCAGCAGAAUAUUUGAGUCAAAUCCUCAUGCAUUUCUUUUGGGAGAGAAACAGCAGGGUACAGCAGGUCCCUGAGCCAUGUCUGGACUGAACGCAUCCCUCGGAUAUUUCUUGGCUGUUGUCAUUUUCGCAGCCUUGGUUCGAACACUCCUUAAAAAAUGGCCACGGUUUGGCUUCAUUUUGGAGUUUGCAUCCUCUUUCAUGCUGGUGGCGUGUCGGCUGGAAGUGCAGACCAUUGUGGAAGUGGGAGAGUGGGCCGGGGGCUUGGGUCCUGAUGUGACUCUAACCAUACUGUUCGUGGUACUGCUGACCCACGGUGUGAUCUGCGGUGGAGCAUCAGGGAAUCCCACCCUGGUUGUGAUGAAGUUCCUGCAGCUGGAGGCCUCCACGCUGCCCACUCUUCUUGGUGUUGCAGCCCAGUUUCUUGGGGCUCACCUUGGCCUUCUUGCAGCUGCGUACUACUGGAGUCUGGAGCUGACCGACAUGCACAUGAUCAAAAAUCUGAUGGCCAGAGAGUGCAGCUCAUCUCUGCUCGUCUCUCUGCUUCAGGGCUUUUUCACAGAGUGUGUUUGCACGCUCAUUUUCCUUCUAAUCCAUCUGAGCCUGCGACGCAGAUCUGCUCUGAUCCGGGUGCCCCUGAUCGCUGUCCUCCUCACUUUCCUGUCACAUACAGCCCGAAGCUACACCUCAGCUUACAUGAACCCCUCUCUGUCCUACGGCCUCACCUUCCACUGUCCUGGAUUCACCCUCACAGAGUACGCAGCGGUCUACUGGCUGGGCCCUCUCACGGGCAUGACUCUGGCUCUUUUCUUGUACAUGGGCCAUAUCCCGAGGAUCUUUGCCAAGAACCUACUUUAUUUUCCGAAGACACGUUUCCGAGUGCCAAAGGGGGACAAAGGAGAAAAGAAGAAAAUGUGAAUGAAACUGCAUAUUUUUAUUUGUUUUAAAUCAACCUUUGAGGAAAGUACCUGGCUAACGGUGAGGAGAUUUUGUACAGAAAAUGUAAAAUAUUAAAAUAAUAAAUGAUUAUAAUGCUGUA